UUUUUUAAACGUUGAGGGUCGCUUAUGUACACUAUCCUGUGAACAAGAUGGCGAGCGUAACGCAGUCUCCGCAUUGGGAAACGGUUGGAAAGGCUAAGAAAAGUGGCAAAAGCCAGAUUCCACACCUUACCCGGAACGAGAAAAAACAAUUUAUCGACAAUAUGCCGAGAAUCGAAGCAAACAAACCACUAAAGGAAUCUGUGACCAUGUAUGAUGCGUUUUUGGAAAAGGAAAGGAGGGAGGAGCUAAAAGCUAGCAGAAGCCAUGAGAAGUCCUCCCCGUCUAGCAGGGACCAAAACGGUAAAGCUGGUGGUGACAGGAAAACUGUGCAGUCGAAAAAGAGAAAGCCGGACCAGGACAAGAAGAAACAAGUGGACUAUGCUGAGGCUAUAGCUGCUAUUACAAAGGAGGAUGUGAAGUCAACCUUGACUCUAACCCAGACACGGUUCCCUGACAACCGGGAGGUGUGGCUCAAAGACCUGGCCUCUUUCCUGAACCUUGAAUUGGAAAAUGUUCCGGAGUCCGAUCCUGUCUUCACCAACAAACCAAAAGAUUUUCCUCUCUGCCACCUUGAUCGGAAAUGUCAACAACCAAUUACAGCUGUGAUCAGGCAGGCUUCCCAGGACACCAUGGAGCACAUGUUCUAUCACUGUGUCAACACCAUGCUCACCGAGCUGAACAAGGGACACUCCACUCUUGGGUACCGUAUCUUUAUUCAGCUGCUUGUUAAAGUCAGACCCGAUGUCGCCUUGUCCAAACUUCCCCAGUUUUUGGAGCUCUUGAAGACCAACCAGAACAGGUCCAGUAGAUGCUUGACAAUACUGUGGUCACUAGGGCAGUGUGGUCACUUUGAUCUCAAAUGUGGACUGAGAAUGUGGAUUGAAGUGAUGCAGCCGACCCUGAAGGUGCGACCAGUAGCCAACUAUUGUGUGGACUACCUGGAGGAGCUGCUAGAGGAUAAGAAGACCCUGAGCUCUGUGUAUGGAGUCAUCACUGUCCGGGAGUACUUCUACCUGCUGGAUCUCAUAUUUGGGGACCGUCAGAUGCCUGGGGACCUGAGUAGAAAGCUUCAGACAAUCUACCCAGACAUCAAGAUGAUUGUGUACGGCGGCACUACAGCUAACAUGAGAAACCUGUUCCCGUCCUACCUGACCAGGGUUACUACCAGCACUUCUCGUCUGAUGAUGACUGAGCUGAUGUCGAGCCUGGCAUACUGUCUGUCCUCAGAUGAGCAGUGUUACAGUGUGUGGGUCCAGAUGUACACCAAGUACAUUCAGCAGUCAAGCAUGUUAAUGCAGCACUUGCUUGAUACCUGGAAUACCUCCAGCAAAACAUUGGACAAGAAGCUACUAAAGAAAACCCUUCGUUCUUUCUCCAUCACCAAUGAUGAACUGGCCUCAAAAGGCAAAUCAAGCAUAGAAGGACUGGAACAAUGCUCUAUCGUGUGCAAGGAACUUCAACAGAAAUUGGAUCAGGCUCGGUUUCCAUGGGGAUGGCUGAUGUUUUUCUUUGUUUCCUUGGUAACCGCAAUUGUUGCCUAUGACAUUUACUUCAGCUCUUCCAUUAAGGCGUCCCGGACCAUGCAAUUUCUGGAGGAUUAUGGAAUCUUGGGAUUUACAGAACAGGUCUGGGGACGGGUUCACCUGUAUACUUCCAUGGCAUAUGGGUGGGUGUGCGUCAAUGUGCCACUGUACUACGGUAAGGUGCAGGCAUCAGUGGGCCCUUUCAUGUGGCAGGCUUGGACCCGCUUACUGCAGUUUUGGAACCAAUUCCUUGAGUUCUCAGCUCCAUUCAGAUUGUGGGCCUCGUUAAAGUUAUCACAAUGUUUAGACUGGAUACACGAACUGUCACCGGACCUGUGGACACAACUAUGGAACUAUGUCUGGUUAUCCUGGGAUUUCUUUCGGGAUUACUCCUUCUGGAUAUGUGGCCAAAUGGCCAACCUUCUUUAUCUCGCCUAUCAUUGGGUGGAAGAAAAUAUUAUUUUAAGCGACUAUACACCGGACAGUGUUCAGAAAGCCCUCACAUCAGGAAUCUCAUCCCUACAUCUCGCCUCCUCUAGUCUCUUCACCUGGUGCCAACAGACUAUUCUACAUGUGACUAACGGACGUUGAGCCUUAAACCUAGAGUUUUUCAAAUGAUACAGAACGAUGCCUUCAUCAUGUGUUUUGAAUGUAGGUCAAUAUUAGCAUGCCUAAUUUCUUUCGAAGCAUCACUACAACAGUUUAUAUACAUGAAACCUAGCUGGAGAAUGUCAGAAACUUAAAAAUAAGAUGUAUUAAAAUCAUAUGUAAGACAGUGUGAUUUUGAUAAGAUUUUUUUAUAAAUAAUUGAGUAUUUUUCUUGAAUGAUGAGAUGUUCUACAUGUUUCUUCAGAAAUAUUUCAUUCUUCCAUUGACAAACAUUUGAAGCAAUUGAUGGAUUUAACUGAUUCACUCCUGAAAUUUCACAAUGAACUAUUCCAACCUUUGAAUUGGAAGAGUUCAAAUGUGUCUUCAGUGGGUGGAAGAGUUAAAUAGAUGCUGCCUAUGAAUAUGGUGGCUUCAAAAAAAAAUUCAAUUUGUUCAUGCUGCAAGUUUCCUAAAUUUGUCUCAGAUUCUAUUCUUGAUAAUGAUUUCAACAUUUUUGUUUAAAUCUGGUAUUUUUUCAAAUAUUUAACUCUUUGUAACUUCUGUCCAUUGUAAAAUUGUCUCGUACAGAUGUAUGUGAUAAAUAAUUGUGUGUAUUAGUGCCAUAUGUUUUAUUACAAAAUAGAUAAGAUCAAUAAGUUUCAUUAGGAGUUUUAUGAAUAACCAAUAUUCACAGAUUUUUAUUUGUAACCUGUAAAACAGGAACCAUUACCAAAAGUCCUACUUUAUUAAAUAAAUAGUACUGUGAACCAAUAUUUUCUGUAAAUGUGAAGAUAUAAAUAUAAGUGAAUUCUGUUAGGGAAUUAAGAGUCUGUCCAUGAACAUCAGUUUUGUUCUCGCAUAUCAUUUAUUUAAUAAUAAUACCGCGAGAACAGGCUGAAUCUGUUGCAGCAUAUUUCUGGCAUCAUCGUAACCAUUACUUUAUAAUACGGCUUUAAUACAAUAUACAAUCCAUUGAUGUCUUGUAUUGACAUAUAUUAAUAUAUGAACGGGUUUGGAGAUCAAUAAAUAACUUUGUAUGUUUACUUAUUGUUGGACUUGUUUAUAUU